GUCUCGUCUCUAAAGAGUGGAGAAAGCAUCUACCUUCUUUUCAUUUCCCACAGCUAUUUGAGCACGAUGACAUCGACAGUGUUUGCUCUCUAUCUCGCAUGUCUGCUCUGGGGGGAAAUGGCUCAGACGACCGAUCUGAAAUCCUCCUCGUCUGUUCGUCAAGAGAAAGGUUUUGUAUCAGUUAAAGCGAGGGAGAACUUCACUUUGCAGUGUUUCUAUGGAGGCAUUGUUGGUGCAAGGAUUUACUGGUACAAGCAAACACUGGGACAGAAACCAAGGCUCAUCUCCAACUUCUAUACGUAUGAUAAAAAAAAAUAUUUGUAUGGCGAAUUCAAGAACAAUUCACGUUUCACAUUGGAUACUGAAAAUGGUAAAAAUCACUUUACAAUUGCAGACAUGCGCAAUUCAGACUCAGGUACUUACUACUGCAUAAGUUGCUAUCUAUACGCGUUGGAAGUCUUGGCGAGCAUUCUAGUCAGUGUAGAGGGUUCAGGUUUGAACGUCCCAACUUUGGUCCAGCAGUCAGGAUCUGAGACCGUCCAGCCAGGAGGCUCUGUGACUCUGAACUGUACAGUACACACUGGGAUCUGUGAUGGAGAACACAGUGUUUACUGGUUCAGAAACUCUGAAGAAUCUCAUCCAGGACUCAUCUACACCCAUGGAGGCAGGAAUGAUCAGUGUGAGAAGAAACCCAACACACAAACACACACCUGUGUCUACAACCUGCCAAUAAAGAGCCUGGAUACGUCUCAUGCUGGGACCUACUACUGUGCUGUUGCCUCAUGUGGACACAUACUGUUUGGAAACGGGACCAAGCUGGACGUUAAAGUCCGUCUCUCUGCAGAUGGGGUGGACUCUACUGUCUUGGUGUAUUUCUUGAGUGGAACUUCGACAUUCGCCUCCAUCCUGAGUGUUUUACUGGCUUUCUCCGUGUGCAUGAUGAGCAAGAGAAGCAGCUGCCAAUCUACAGAGUCUCAAGCAAGACUUUCAGCUUCCUCCACAACAAAUGCAAAGGGUUACCAACACGGAGAAAAACUCUAUUAUGCUGCUUUAAGUGUCAACCUGCACAACAGAUCAAGAAGACAGAGGGAUCCGACCUGGAGUGAAUGUGUGUACUACAGCGUCAAGCAGUAGAAGUGGACAUAUUGUAUUUGUACUUUUGCGUAAGACAGGGAUUUCUUCAUGCCUCUUUUAAAGUGUAAUAUAAAUGUAUAUCUAAGUUUGAAAUAAAUAUGCUUUUAAAGCUUCUUUGUUGUCCUGCAGCCCAAAAUAAAUCACUCUUCUUUGCUAAUGUGCUUAUUUAGGAUACAGAUUUUUGUCUCCACAUUGUUCUUGCAAAUACACCAUGUAUCUAAAAUGAUUCUUUAAUUGUUAAUUAAUUUUAUUUAGAUUAUUUUUAGUACAUAUGCAUAAAUGUUUUUUUUAUGAUUUAUCCAGUAUAUUAAGAAGCUCACAUUCAUCGAUGCUGUAAAAGUCACUCACAUGCUUUUAGGAUCAAGAUCAUCCUAUACUUUUUAUCUAUCCUCACUGUUUGUUUGUUUUUUAAACAAAUCAUAUGUUUUUGUAUGUGAAAUGUAUGUUGUUAAUGAUCAAAUAAACAUA